AUGGGCCAAGCUAAAACUAAUCUCCCAAGAUUCCCAACAUACCAUAAGAACAAGUCACUUCCACUAACGUUGUACCUUCAAGCAGGCAACUCUGCGAAGGACAACAGGAAUCAUAUCUUGAUGGGAUUCCUUGCAAACCUUGUGCAACGAGGCAUAUUUAAGAAGAUCAAGUUUCUCAUGGUGGGCCAUACCCAUGAAGAUGUCGACCAGAUGUUCUCCAGAUUGUCUGUACAUUUAUCUAGGAUGGCAGUACCAACUCUCUCAAGACUCCAGGAAUUGGUGCAGGAAGCAUACAGUCCUAUACCAGUACACCACCUUGACAAUCUUUGGGAUUACAGGCAGCUGGGGAUCCAGGCACCUGUCCAUCUGAAUGGCCACAGCACCCCCCACACUUUUAGAUUUACAAAGGUCGAAGAUGAUGUCCAGAUGUCGUAUAAGGAAUGGCCAAUGAAGUCCACCACCUACCAAUCGAUUACAGUCAAUGACCUGGCUAAGGCAUUUGAUGGUGAACCAGAUCCCAUUCAGCAAGUCACAGACAAAGGGGAGAGGGUGUUUCUUGCGAUGGAAGAAGAUUUGAGGAAAUGGAGAGAUGGUGGAAAGCUCAGUGAUGGCCAUGUGAGCUGGUGGCGGGAACACCUUCAAAGGGAAAGAAGAUUUCCUAUCCCAAUGAUCCCAAGGGCCAACUCCUUUGAACCUCAUUUGAGAGUCCACGACAACACUGUUUCACUGCCUGCUAUGGAGGUUCUAGACAACCACAUUUCCAGUCUCAGGAAACAGUCACAGAUAAAAGUUGUGAAGAGACGAAGAUGA